AUGCCUGCCAAGACGCCCACCAACGACGGCCGUCCCGCCAGUUCUCGUCCCUGCCCUUCAACCUUCGAUCCGAACGUGCCAGGCCGUGGUCCCGAGACUCCCACCCCAAUUAAGAAGAAUAGAGGUGUCGCUUCGGUCAUCAAGUCGAACAGGGACAAAGUAUCGGCAGACAAGGUUACGAAGCCAGCAAGUAUGGUGCCCUUCCGACACAAGUGGAUGAAGAAAGUCAACUCGAAGGGGAUCCCAUUCGCAGAUCUGCAGGCGGAAGAUGACUUCAAUGCUAACACUAGUGAAGAUGGUCAAAAUACUCCCAACAGUGCUAAGAGUAGGUCGAAGACUGUUGACUUCUCUCCUGAGGUCACGGUAAAUGGCACCCCAGGUGGUACGCUCGCUGAGGAGCAAGAGGAGAUCAAUCCAUUGAAGCCAAUGAAGGAAAAUGACGGGGAAUACGAUUCUGAUAGCGGCGAGAUGAUUGAUCAGAAGGGUGUUCGUGAAGAGGCAUAUAUGGAUGCUGAGGGAAACAUUAGCCAGUUCGUUCCGCGUGCAAUGAAUAACAUGGAGAAGGCUAGAAAGAAGCUGAAGACUGAGAAUGGUCUUGUUGAUCCAAAUGGUCGUCAAGUUGGGCGAAAGUUGGUUCUGUGGCACCGUAAGUUUCGCUUUUUUCUUGCUCGACUUUUCAUCUGGCAUAAAAUCGCCGUUAACGAACUACAACCAGGUCCAAGAAUGAUUGACAAGCUGGUACUCCACAUCCAGUAUGAGUGUCACAAGCAGGGCGUACAAAUUCCGUGGGAUAGCAUCGUCCAUCGACUCAACCCAGGCUCCAGUGGUCCAAGUGCUACGCAAAUGCUCAACAAGCUGCGCGACGUCUUGGUCACAGAAGGCCACAUGAUUCCCCCAGUCCUUGGCAAGGCUACCAGUCCUGUCGACCCAACUCUACGUGGAUAUAUCCGCGACAUGGACUCACCGUAUCCAACUAAGACCAAGGCUGUCCGUUGGACCGAUGAUGUUACCGAUAGAAAGGAGAGUUUGGUCGUUCCUGGCUUAGUUCGAGGAUCUGGCAAGUACCGUAAGAUCCCAAAGAACGAGCUCGUCACUGUCCCCAAGGAGGAUCUCAAGCCGGGAGAACGUCGUAAUCGAAAGCCUGCUGAGGUUGACGAAUGGACUGCUGGACAACGUGCUCUGAAGGAGAGUGCCAAGAAGGCUAGAGCCGAGGAGCGUGAGGCAAAACGAGUUGCCAAGGGCGGUUCUUGUGCCACUGGAUCUGGUCGCAGCACUCGCUCUAAGAAGUUGAUCAAGGAAGAGUCGGAGUCUGAAGUUGAUCCUGCUGAUCUCGCAUCGGAUGAGGAUUAUAAUCCCAACUUGAAGAAGAAGACCACAAGCCGAGGCAAGCGUAUCGUUGUUGGUAAAAUCUCCAGUCCGGACCCAUUCACCAGUCCAACUCCCCGCAGCCGGAAGAGAUCUGCCAAGGCUGCUCUAAAUUACAGCACUGAAGAUGACGACGAGGAGCAAAAUGAGGAAGGCAAUACUCCAAACUCUCUCAUUGUCAAAUUGCAUGUUCCCUCUGGUGCAUUGCAGAAGUUCGAGCCUGGAGAGUCAGGAAUGAAACCUAAGAAUGCUGCUCACUUCAAUCCCGGACCUGCCAAGAUCUUGUUCAAGGACGAGCUUUUGAAGGCCCUUCUGCAAACUGAAGUCGCUAGUAGUAAUGCCAAUCAUUCCGUAAUCUACCUUGGAACUGAAAUGCAUGGAACCAUGCCGCAAUUCAUCCAGGCAGUAGCUGAUGAUACCGAUCCUCGACUGAACGGUACGGGUUUUGGAAAUAACGUUGAGUUAAUGUGGAAGAGAUGCAAAGAGAACUCCAGCACUGUUCAACAGCUGCGCCAGGAUGAGCUUGAUCUUCUGCGCUCGUCUCAAAUCCCAGCGAUCGUUCGUAUGCUUGGAGGUGCACCGAAAGAUGUCAUGGAAGUCGAUGGUCAGGACCAAGAAGAAGAUGAGCGAGUAGAUUAUGGUGAUGAUUGUGCUGCUGCCGAGGCUGGCGAAGCCUCAUUCAAUGCCAACGACACAGCGUAUACUUUUGAUGACUCGGUCCACGGCUCGUCUUCCCAACAAUUCUCUCAAGCAUUCACCGUAAGUUCUUUUCCACCUGAGUUCAUUAACCCGGCUGACCUAUUCUGCUAG